AUGGAAAAUGUGCAAAGGGAAUCUGAAUGCAUUUAUCUUAAUUUUUUAAGCAAGAAAAUAGAAUUUAACUAAUAAUUUGAGGAUCAACAAAGACAAAUAGAGCAGAAUAAGAAAAAAUAAGAACAAAAGUUGUCAAUCAUUUUGAAUUUAUGA